AUGGAGGGAUCAACGAGAGGAACGAUUCACACGGUGCUGUUUGACAUGGAUGGCCUGCUGCUGGACACAGAGGAGGUCUACACCCGCAUCACACAGGAGCUUGUCGAGCCCUACGGCAAGACCUUCACCUGGGCCGUCAAGUCCAAGAUGAUGGGCAAGACCGCUCCCGAGGCUGCCCUCAUCCUCAUCCAGGACCUGGAGCUGCCCAUCACGGCGGAGGACUACCUGGAGUUCGUGCGCCCGCGGCAGUACGAGCUAUUCCCCGAUGCCAAGGCCCUGCCGGGCGUGCAGCAGCUCGUCCGACACCUGCAUCACCACCGCGUCCGCAAGGCCGCUCUCGAGCUGAAGACGACUAAGCACCAGGACUGGUUUACCCUCUUCGAGACGGUUGUCACUGGCGAUGAUCCCGCGGUCAAGGCCGGCAAGCCCGCGCCCGACAUCUUCAUCGAGGCCGCUCGUCGCCUCGGCGUGGCCGACGCCGACUUUGGUGGCGUGUUGGUGUUCGAGGACGCGCCCAACGGCGUGGCGGCGGCCAAGGCGGCGGGCAUGCAGGUGGUGGCCAUCCCCCAUCCCCUCAACGACCGCUCGCUCUUCGCCGAGGCCGACCUCAUCCUGGAGAGCAUGGAGCACUUUGACCCCGCCGAGUGGGCCUUGCCGCCUCUCGCGGCCACCAACGCCGAAUAG